AACUAAACGAUCCAGCGGAAAGAGAGCGGCUCGAGUUAAACAUUUGCUCGUAGCGGUAAAUUGCAUUGAGAAAUUGUCUUUAAUACAUUUUCUGCGGCCGACAAUAAACAUUAGCGCGUGUGUUCUGCCCCAAGAGUUUAACUGAUUAACAAAAACUGCCUUUUGCUUUCCCGAAUCACCAAGAAAAAAGCCGAAAGGGAGGUGCGCGAACAAAGCUCUUGCCGCCAAACGCGCAGCUGACGAAUUCGUGGGAAUAAACGUGCGUAAUUAUCGCCCGCUAAUAAUCGGAUUUUGCGUUUUAGUAGGUCUCUGGUAAAGGAAAAGUCGCCUGUCCACCCAGUGUCAAUUUGGCAUUCGGUUUCUAUUUCGUUUCUAUUUCGUUUUCCCUGUUUCGUUCACGUCCCGUUAAUUUUAGCUUUUCGUGUUUUCCUUGUCCAUCAACGUGAGCGUAACUCCUUCGUGUUUUUGUUCUCUGCGUCGCGACAGUGCAGCGUGCAACUCCUUUGGUGGUGCGAUCACUUGGUUUGCGAAGAAACGGCGAUAAGUGAAUAAAUUAUCAACGUGUGCAAAUCAAACUCGAAUUUAAACGGAUAUCAACUAAAUCAAGCGAGCAAGCUUCCACAUCCGAUUGCUCACCGAUUUGCGCUUGUACGCUCCCCUCUCUACUAGUUCAGCUACUGCUACUAGCAACACCAAACCAACGCCACCAACCAACAGCACCAUCUUCGCGAACGUGUGUCGUGAACAGUUUUAAAGUCUGUCGACUUAGUCAGCUCACCUACAGCGAAACUGACAAAGCGCUUAGGAUGUAUUGUUUAAUAAAUUCGUAUGCCUAUACAUAUGUUUGAAAAGUAAUCAAAGAGAUAUAAAGUCUUUGUUGACAUCCGAUGAGAUAUGAUUUAAUCCUCGAGCCUUAGGUGAAUUUCAAAUGCAAAUUUAUUAGAGUGCUCUGACCAAGAAAAUUAAUUUCUAUAGAUAUCCUUCAAAUCGUCAGUCUAUUUUGUCUUCCCAUAAAUUAUUAGCGACAGAACUCUUAAAAAUAUAUACUUAUUUUUAGUUGUCUUAGCUUCCAUUUUGUUUGUGACCUUUUCGGUUGUCUUUCUCCUAUGGCUCUAGUUCCGCGGUGUAAACAUUUUAAAUAAACAGAAGGUGCAUCGCUGAAAACGACUCCACAUGUGUGGGUUUUUUUAAAGAGGGUAGCGACCAUGAUGUCCUGCCCCAUUCCCAUGCAAUUGCAAAUGCCAAUUCCUUCAUUACACAAAUCAGAAUUUGAACCGGUUAAUAUUGGAGUUAAGCGCGGAAGCGACGAACUUUUGAGUCAAGCAGCGGUCAUGGCGCCCGCUUCCGACAAUAACAAUCAGGACCUGGCCACAAAGAAGGCCAAACUGGAGCCGGGCACCGUGCUGGCCGGCGGAAUCGCCAAGGCCUCAAAAGUCAUCCACUUGCGCAACAUUCCGAACGAGUCCGGCGAGGCAGAUGUGAUUGCCCUGGGCAUUCCGUUUGGACGUGUGACCAACGUGCUGGUGCUCAAGGGCAAGAACCAGGCUUUCAUCGAGAUGGCCGACGAGAUCUCCGCUACUUCGAUGGUGUCCUGUUACACAGUAAAUCCGCCCCAGAUGCGCGGCCGCAUGGUCUACGUGCAGUUUUCUAACCAUCGCGAGCUGAAGACGGACCAAGGUCACAACAACUCGAUCACCCAGAGCGACUACAGCGCCCAGUCCCCGGCGAGCGGAUCGCCUCUGCCCCUUAGCGCCGCUACCAAUUCUACCAGCAACAAUGCCAACAGCUCAAGCGACAGCAACAACAGCGCCAUGGGAAUCUUGCAAAACAACACAAGCGCCGUCAAUGCGGGCGGCAACGCCGCCGGGGGACCCAAUACUGUGCUCCGUGUGAUUGUCGAGUCCUUGAUGUACCCCGUCUCGCUGGACGUUCUGCACCAGAUCUUCCAGCGCUAUGGAAAGGUGCUAAAGAUUGUCACCUUCACAAAGAACAAUUCAUUCCAGGCCCUCAUCCAAUAUCCGGACGCCAACUCCGCCCAGCACGCCAAGUCGCUCCUGGACGGGCAGAAUAUAUACAACGGCUGCUGCACGCUGCGUAUUGAUAACAGCAAGCUGACGGCUCUGAAUGUUAAGUACAACAACGACAAAUCGCGCGACUUCACGAACCCCGCUCUGCCACCUGGUGAACCGGGAGUGGAUAUCAUGCCCACCGCCGGCGGACUGAUGAACACCAAUGAUCUUCUUUUGAUCGCCGCACGUCAGCGACCUUCUCUCUCAGGUGAUAAAAUAGUCAACGGCCUGGGCGCCCCCGGAGUCCUGCCGCCCUUUGCCUUGGGCCUGGGCACUCCACUGACCGGCGGGUACAACAACGCCCUGCCCAACUUAGCCGCUUUCUCGCUGGCCAACAGCGGCGCCCUGCAGCCGGCCGCUCCUGCAAUGCGAGGUUACUCGAAUGUCUUGCUUGUCUCGAAUUUAAAUGAGGAGAUGGUCACGCCUGAUGCUCUCUUUACCCUUUUUGGUGUAUACGGCGAUGUGCAACGUGUAAAGAUUCUGUACAACAAGAAGGACUCGGCACUCAUACAAAUGGCGGAGCCCCAGCAAGCUUAUUUGGCCAUGUCUCACCUUGAUAAAUUACGUUUAUGGGGAAAGCCGAUACGUGUGAUGGCAAGCAAACACCAGGCCGUUCAGCUGCCCAAGGAGGGACAGCCGGACGCAGGUCUAACACGUGACUACUCGCAAAAUCCGUUGCACCGCUUCAAGAAACCGGGCAGCAAGAACUACCAGAACAUCUAUCCGCCGUCGGCGACACUGCAUUUAAGCAACAUUCCCUCAUCCUGCUCUGAGGAUGACAUCAAAGAAGCUUUCACCUCAAACAGCUUCGAAGUUAAAGCAUUCAAAUUUUUCCCGAAGGACCGUAAAAUGGCACUGCUGCAACUGUUAUCCGUUGAGGAGGCUGUCCUAGCACUGAUUAAGAUGCACAACCACCAGCUGUCCGAGUCGAAUCACCUUCGUGUAAGCUUCUCGAAGUCGAACAUCUAGAAUCCGAUGCGAAGUCAGGUUUACUGAACCUGACUAGGUACCUCCGGCGGGUACAGCUACAUACAGAUGCAUCAGCAGCAACACCUUCAGAUCCAUUGGCAGCAACAAAUACAAACUAUAAUCCGUAGUACAAGAAGAAUGCACGCAAACUUCUACUGAAAUGGCAGACUCCAGGAGCACUACCCACCCAAUCCAACAUUAAUCAGCAGAAACAAUCGAUGCAAGAGCUAUACCAAUUUUAAACAAUUCAACUCACUCUAAGAACUGUUUUCUGUUCAUACACCACCCUUUAGUGGGAAAAGACACAACCAAUUAAGGAAUCUUAAAAAAAACUACAAAUAAAUAUACAUUAAAAUUACCACGAAAAUAGCAUUUUAAGUUAUGGCACGCGCAGACAACAAAACAAACAAGCAACCCACAAACUAACAAUCAGCAACAUCGUAACUUAAGCUUAACUUUAAACCUAUAGUUCGUAAGAAAACUGCAUUGCAUAAAAAAACAAAAAAUAUAUGAUGAGUAGAGAGGAGUUAAGUAUGUUUAGAGUAAAGAGAGAAAGAUCGUAACUUAAAAUAUUUUUAGUGCACUGUACUGUGUUUUGGUUUUAAAAAACGACAGAAAGUCAAAAACAUACGAAAAGAAGAAAUUAUGUUAAAAAUGAAUUAAGGCAAUGUUUUAUUAUGUACAUGAUGCUGUUAUUAUAUUUUAAAUGAAUGCAACUUAACUUUAAUUUUUUACAAGUGCGCAACUUCAAUUGAAGAAAUAGCAUACACGUAGCUCAUAGAUGUUUUAAUUUUGCUAGACCUAAAAAGUAAGAAAGUAUUUAGAAAAACGGUCCCGAAUAAGCACAUCGAGCCCUAAGCAUAUUGAAGUAUAGCAAGGCAAUGUGAAAUAACGUUAAAUGGAAUUUAAGAAAAUUGUAUUAAUUUUAAUAAACCUAUAUAAAUCAAUAAUUUGGACACUGCAGAGAUAUAUCCUUGGCACGUCCGUUUGUUUAGACUAUCGGGAGAAUAAUAAUUUUAAAGGCAGUUAAAUCAACGCGUACGUAAACCUUUUGUGUGUAUGUAUAUGUAAAUGUUGUUAAACUAGCGCAAAUUAUACAAAAACGAUCAAAUAUACAUAUAAGUAUGUAUGUAUUGAACUACAACAAACAGGAAACAGGAAAUUAAACAAAUUUUAAGCUAAAAAGUAUAAUCUUAAAGUAUAUAUCAAAACACAAGGUAAUAAUAUAUUAUCAUAGACAUACUGGUAACGAAAGACAUAUACGUGUUUUAGCAAGAAAACUGAAUGAUUUUUUGAUAAUUUUACAAGGACCUCACAACGGACAACACACACAAACACACGCAUGCAGACAUAUGGUCACGCAUACAGAAGCGAACAAAUAUGGAAGUUUAUAUAUAUUUAGAAAGUGAAAUUAUUUGUAUGUUGGAGCAAAGAACAAAGGAAAUGAGAUAAAGUAAUAAAAGUCAAAAUACCGAAAUGGGUAAAGAAUCAACUAAA